UGUUUGAUUGUGUGUGUGUAUAGUGGCAGCUGACGCGAGGAAAAUAAUGGGAUCAUUAUUUUUUUAUUUUCAUCCUGAUACUCAAAAAUAAAGCUACUCAGUUUACGAAAUGCGAUAUUUGAGUUGGGGGCGGACGUCCUGCUGUUGCAUUUCAAGACAAAAAUGACGAAAAAAAAGGGGGUUUAAAUGCAGUUGUCAUUUCAUGUCAAUUAACUCACAUGCGAUCAACAGAAGUAAUGUGAAUGUGCUAAUGAAUCUUCAUUAUGUGGAUUCUUGAGAGGUUCAGACUGUAAUUUAUGCAAUGGUCAGACACUGAAGCAUGGCCAAGAAGACGGAGGCCAUGCGUGGUUUUAAUGUGUCUGUUGUGGGGUUGUCAGGCACAGAGAAGGAUAAAGGACAAGCUGGAGUUGGCAAAUCUUGCCUGUGCAAUAGGUUCAUGCGCUCACUUGCUGAUGAUUAUAGUGUUGAUCACAUAUCUGUUCUAAGCCAGACUGAUUUCAGUGGACGUGUUGUAAAUAACGAUCAUUUUUUGUACUGGGGUGAAGUUACCAAAUGUUCUGAAGAAAGUAUCGAUUUCCUCUUUCAAGUGAUUGAACAAACAGAAUUUAUAGAUGACGCAUCUUUUCAGCCUUUCAAAGGAAGUAAAAUGGAGCCGUAUGUAAAGAGAUGUAGUGCAACAAAACUGACUUCUGCCGAAAAACUGAUGUACAUAUGCAAGAAUCAAUUAGGCAUUGAAAAAGAAUAUGAACAAAAAGUAUUACCAGAUGGUAAAAUAAGUAUUGACGGUUUCCUGUGUUUGUAUGAUGUGAGUGUUGUACCGGGUAGGACAAUUGAGAAACAAACAGAAAUAGUUACAGCAAUUUUAAACAAUUUGAUAAAAACGAAGAAACCUAUUGUGCUUGUUACAACUAAAAAUGAUGAUGCCAAUGAAACAUAUGUAAAGGAAGCAGAACGACUUGUAGCCAGAAAAGAAUACAAAGGUGCAAUUCCUUUAGUGGAAACAUCUGCCCAUGAAAAUAUCAAUGUAGAUUUAGCAUUUAUUGUCUUAGCUCAGUUAAUUGACAGGACCAAAGGAAGAACAAAAAUUUUGCCAUAUGUAGAGGCAGCUAGAAUUAGGAAAGAAAUUCUUGAACAGUGCACGGAAGCAUAUCAGCGUUUAAUACGUUUACACGUUAAUGAUUAUAGAGCAGUUUGGAGCUAUACUUCAAAAAAGCUUGCACAGCAAGAAGACUUUAUUCGUUUUGUUGAGCUGUUUGGUUUGGAUUGUUCCCAACGACUUUUUCGGCGAUACGUGAAAAAGCUGAAAGAUGAACAUUUAGCAAAGAGAGUCCAGGGCUAUAUGGACAUGCUUCCUGAAAUUUUGCAAGAAAUGGUUCCUGAUAUUUCUUCUCUUCGAGACAGAGAUUGGCCGGCUGUACAACUUCGUCUCAAAGAGCAUCCAGAUUUUAGCCAGUAUUUUUAUGAAUGCCCAGACGAUAUUCCAUGGACAGAAUGUGACCUGACAGAUGUGUCAGAAACACGGAUUCCAUUUGAAGUAUUAGACACAAGUGAAGCAGAAACAGUCUUCAAGAACCAUGUGAAUGCGUUGCAGCAAGAGCAGAAAAGAUUAGAGUGGAAGAAGCAGUUCAAGCAGUUACUUGAGGACACAGGUUAUGUCACUCCAGGUAAACUUUUAUCAGAGGUCCAGGUGCUUUUUAUGGGUCGAGAAUGUUUUGAGGCCCUGUCUGAACAAGAUCGCCAACAAAUAUAUGAUCAGCACCAAAAAGAAAUUGUGGAGAAGGCAAAGCACAAUUUCCAGGAACUACUGUUGGAACAUGCAGAUUUAUUUUACCACUUCAAAAGCAUUGCACCUACUGGAACGAUAACACAGGCUGAUAUUAAGGAAAUAACUGAUGCUUUGCAGGAUGACUCCAGGUACAAAGCAUUAGACAGACUUGAUCAAGAUAGAAAACUGAUGCUUUUCCAACACUUAGGAUUUGUACAUUGUCCUAUUAGAGAGCAUUGUCCAGCCUUCCCCAACUGUAUGGAUGCUCUCAUAGAACGAAUCUUAGGAACAAAAGCUCAUAGGCCAUCCUCUUGGAACCACAACAGCCAGUGGAUCCUAAAUUCUGACAAUAAUCAGCUGAAUCUUGUUAUCCUAGGGAUUGAUGGACUAGCAGAGGAGUUAGCGAAUGAUAUUCGGGAACAGUGUGAUGAUGAUGAAUAUGAAAUAGACUGUAAUUUGUACAGUUUGGAUUAUAGAAUUAUUGAUGGUGAUGUUAGUUUACCCCAGAAUUCUUUCAAGACUUCAAAAUUCUUGCCAAAUGGGUGCUUUUGUGUGUAUUCCAAUCAAGAAUCAUUUGAAUAUGUCCGAGAUAGUUUGGAAAAAACUCUGCUCUCCAAUUUAGAGCAAGAAGAUCGUUUACCAUUUCAAGGUUUACCAAUUGUGAUUUUAUUUGUCGCUGAUCAGUCAGUUGAUGAGAAAGAGGUGCUGAGGUUACAAGAAGAAGGACAGAAUUUGGCUGAUAGUUUACAGUGUCCCUUCAUUGGUGUAUCUGUGGAUGAGAUGGAUCCAUCACAACGGUUUAGUCCUUCAUUGAUAGCAGAAGCACUGCGGCAGCUGAUACAAAGUAUCCAUCACAGAGCAGGCUUUAUAAAUGUCUACCAGUCUGUAUUGGAGUGUUCAGAACCUGAUAUCAGGAUUAUAAUGUGCAUGUUUUGUGGUGAUCCAUAUUCUGUAGAAAAUAUUUUGGGGCCUCUUUUGAGUCACCAGUGCUGCUUUUUAAGUGGAGAUCGAAGUAUAAUUUUAGAAACUUUUUUGGGUGACUCUAAACGCAAAGUUGAGGUUAUCAUUUCUUCAUUCCAUGGUGCCAAUGCAUUUCGUGAGGAAUUGGUCCAUGGCUUCAUCCUAGUCUACUCAACCAAGCGGAAAGCCUCUCUCGCAACUCUCAAUGCAUUCUCAAUGAACAUUCCAAAUUUGCCAAUACAAAUUCUAGCUGUUACUGAUACUGGUGGGGCAAAUGCAUUCUUUAGUAGUGAUCUGAGUCAUUUACUAAUAACUGAGGGAAAUGCUACAGCUGAUAGACUUCAGGCACAUUUUAUGACUUCUACAUCAUCGUGUCAGCAGAAAACUGCCUUUUACACACCAUUCUUCAAGGAAGUUUGGGAGAAGAAACCUGAAAUAGAGCAAGCAUUCCACAUGGAAGAGCCGGUCAAUUUGAAUGACUGCAGUGAGGGCACAUUGGACCACCAGUCGCGUCAUCCACUUCCUCCUCCACGGCAUGAGAGUUACCUUAUCAAGACCGUUGAAUCAAAUGAAGGGAGUGGGUCAGAGAUCUAUGAAAGACUUCCUACAGAUGCAUCAUUGGCAGAUGAUCUGAAUGAACCUUUGUCAUCAACAUUCCCAGAAGACCGUUUACUUAGCCCUAGUGAUGACAGUGAGAUCUAUUCCCAUGUAGAUAUGUAUGGAAGAGACAAUGAACCUCUCCUUAAAUCAAGAGAGACGAAGAAUGCAGAUAAAUUGCAACAAGAUUUUCAGGUGUACCCCCAACCCACCACUCCUCCAGAGCCAGCACCUCCAGACCACAUCCCUCAUCGCCUGCUGAAGCCACCUAUUCUGGCUGCGGGUUCUCAUACCAGCUUGGAAGAUACAACAUCUGACAUAAGUGAUUCACGGGACUCUCUGGUGACACGUGAUUCAGAUAGAGAAGACGGUGUGUGGAUGUCAAGUUACCAACAACACGCCUUCACCACUGGCAGGCGGCAUAUGCCAGUGACCAAGACAAGGCCUAAAGGAAGCAGUCAAACACUAAAGCAACCAGGCAAACUGAAUUUAAAGGAUUUCUCGCUUGUAACAGAUGCAAUAGCUAGAAUGAAUGUUGCUGGCCGUGAAAGUACAGUGAACAAACUCACCAAACAGGCAGGUUUCGGACAUGCGCCUUUGGCAACACCAGAAAAUGUUGAUUUGGGUUCUGAAUAUGCUCAAGUCAAGGAUGCUGUACCUGGCCUUUAUUCUUCAUAUGAUGGAGAGUAUGCAUAUACUUUAGUGCAAGAUGCUGUUGGAACCAACAAUAAAUCAAAACUCAGGCAGAGAAGAGAAAAGGGUCAACCCUCAUAUUCUGAUUCUGACAGUGACUGGAGUUCUCUUGAACGAAGGCAGAGAGCAGCAGAUGCCUACUGCAAAGUAAAUCGAAAGCCUACGCCACAUAAAAGGAUGCGAAAGAAACGUACAGCCAUCCCUGUUCCAACACCUAGAGUGCCAUCUUCUCAACCAUCAGUAACUGCUGAAAAUCUUAAUAUAGCAAACUACCAAUUGAAAGAUGAACAGUCACGCUGUGCAUGUGAUUCCAGUGAAAAAGUUGCAAGUGAAAGUCCGUCAGAUUUUAGUGAUGCAAGUGACCCAGAGCUUUCUGGAUCAGCAACGCAGACACAUUACAAGUAUCCCAAACAUUCCAUACGUAUGAAAAAAAAGGCAGCAAACAUUGCUUCAUCAGGAAUGAUUAACUCAUCUGAGCAUCGUAGCUCAGUUCAGCGGCCAUUCCCUCCUCAUUUAACAUCGGAUUCAGAUAUUUUAGCAAAUGCAAAAGUGAAAAGUGAAGUUCCCUAUGGCGCUUGUCAAGAUGAAGAAUCAAGCCUAGAUGUGUCAUCACCAAGGGAUGUCAAUUCUUCUGCGGUAAAAGACUGUGACAAAGCAUCUCGCAGAAAGGAUAAACAAAAACUGAAAUCAGAUGAAAAGCAGGAGAAAAGACGCAUCAAGGAAGAGAAACUUAAGAAGCUGGCUGAAAAGGAAAAAGAGCGUGAUAAGAAGCGCUCUAAACAGAAAGUGAAAAGUAGCCCAGUUACUCAUCAGGCAACUUUACAAGACUUUGCACAGUCGGAAAGUAAUUAUAUCCCUUUGCUAUUGGAAAAAUGUGUUAGGUUCAUAGAAGAAGAAGGCCUUGACUCAGAGGGAAUUUACAGAGUUCCUGGAAAUCGAGCACAUGUAGAUCUCCUCUUCCAGAAAUUUGAAGAAGAUCCUAAUUUUGAUAUCCGUGAGCUUGACAUUCCUGUGAAUGCUGUUGCUACUGCACUGAAGGAUUUCUUCUCGAAGCGAUUGCCACCACUUUUGACACAAGAUAUGCUAGCUGAGCUUGAAGAUAUCUCUGGGGCGAGAAGAAUCAACAAGCAAGUUUCUACUGCAUACCUAAAUCUUGAAGUCAUCACUGACAGAAGCUGCCGACUGUUAGCAUUACGUGCUCUGUUGAAGAAACUUCCAGGAGUAAACUUUGAAGUGCUCAAGUUUAUAUUCCAACAUUUUGUCAAGGUCUCUGAGAACUGCAAGUUAAACAGCAUGGACUCAAAAAAUCUUGCCAUAUGCUGGUGGCCAACUCUUUUGCCAAUAGAAUUCAGUGACAUGGGAAGAUUUGAGCAGAUGAGGCCACACUUAGAAGAUAUUGUGCAGACUAUGAUUGACCAGUAUCCAUUUUUGUUUUGUGGAAAAGAAGCUUUUGUAAUGGUCUGAGACAGGUUUUAAUGCAGUGCAUAAUUUUGUGAGGGUGAAUUAAUGAUUACAAAGGUGAAAUAGCAGUGCUUUUUUUCCAGAUAAACUCAGUGUUCUUUCCGUUUGCGUAUGUCUUGUGAGCUGUUGUUGCACUACAUUGUGGUACCCUACAAAUUAAAAUAAACAAAUACACACACACACACACACACACACACACACACACACACACACACA